GCACCCUCCCCUCUGCCAACGCUCCCUCCUGCCGCCCCUGGAGCCUGAAAGUGAGCAACCUGGAGGGGCAAGUGAGCAACCUGGAGGGGCAAGUGAGCGACGUAGAGGGGCAAGUGAGCAAUCUGGAGGGGGAAGUGAGUGACCUGAAGGAGGAAAUGAGCAACCUGGAGGGGGAAGUGAGUGACCUGAAGGAGGAAAUGAGCGACCUGGAGGGGGAAGUGAGUGACCUGAAGGAGGAAAUGAGCAACCUGGAGGGGGAAGUGAGUGACCUGGAGGGGAAAGUGAGUUACCUGAAGAGGCAAGGGAGCAACCUGAAGAGGCAAGGGAGCAACCUGAAGGGGCAAGUGAGCGACCUGAAGGGGGGAGUGAGCAACGUAGAGGGGCAAGUGAGCAACCUGGAGGGGAAAGUGAGUGACCUGAAGGAGGAAAUGAGCAACCUGGAGGGGGAAGUGAGUGACCUGAAGGAGGAAAUGAGCAACCUGGAGGGGCAAGGGAGUGACCUGAAGAGGAAAGUGAGAAACCUGAAGGGGCAAGUGAGAAACCUGAAGGGCCAAGUGAGAGACCUGAAGGGGCAAGACAGUGACCUGGAGGAGCAAGGGAGCGACAUGGAGGAGGAAGGGAGUGACCUGGAGUGGGAAGUGAGCGACACGGAGGAGGAAGCGAGCGACAUGGAGGGGCAAAUGAGUGACCUGGAGGGGCAAGGGAGUGAUCUAGAGGGGCAAGGGAGUGAUCUGGAGCGGCAAGGGAGCGACCUGGAAGGGCAAGAGAGUGACCUGGAGGCGCAAAGGAGCGACCUGGAGGAGGAAUUGAAUUACCUGACGGAGGAAAUGAGCAACCUGAAGGGGGAAUUGAGUGACCUGAAGAGGCUAAUGAGGGACCUGAAGGGGAAAAUGAGUGACAUGGAGGGGCAAGGGAGCGAGCUGGAGGGGCAAUGGAGCGACCUGGAGGGGGAAGCAAGUGACCUGGAGGGGCAAAUGAGCGACCUGGAGGGGGAAGCGAGCAACAUGGAGGGGCAAAUGAGUGACCUGAAGGGGCAAGGGAGAGACCUGAAGGGGCAAAUGAGUGACCUGGAGGGGCAAGGGAGCAACCUGGAGGGGCAAGGGAGCGACAUGGAGGGGCAAAUGAGCGACCUGGAGGGGCAAGGGAGCGACCUUGAGGGGGAAGCAAGCAACCUGGAGGGGCAAGGGAGCGACCUGGAGGGGCAAGGGAGCGACAUGGAGGGGAGGAAGACCCGCGACCUCCGCCAGCGCCUCAAAGCCCCCAAAGCCAAGAAUGCUGACCUCCGCUGCCACCUGAGAGCGUUGAUGUCUGAGGCGGCGGCAAACCGUCGCAAAGUGGAUCGGAUGCUCCGCGAG